UCCGUGACUCUAGUCGAGCCGACGCAAUCGCCGUCUUAUUUCCGCGAGGAAAGGAUUAUAACGUGAGUGAAGCCGGACGAACAGUAGCGAACAACCGGACAACGGAGAUUCGUCAUCCCGGUACGACAGCGUCAAGGAACGUUUACGAGGGAGCACAGGGAGCGAAAGCAUCGCGAGGAUCGCGAGUGCGGCGGGCGAUUGACUGGCAACGACGUCGCCGUCAUCGUCGUCGUCUGCUAUCAUCGGACAAACAUCGCCGUCAUCGCGUCCGUUGUUGCCUCCUUAUCGCAACGAGAGUGGAUCGGAGUGUAAAAACGGAGCGAGAGUAGAGUGAUCCAGCUACAACUAUAUAUAUAUAUAUAUAUAUAUAUAUAUAUAUAUAUAUAUAUAUAUAUACGACGAGCCCAUCACAAUGAGCUUCCUAUUUGGGAGCAGGUCUUCAAAGACCUUUAAACCAAAGAAGAACAUCCCUGAGGGCACACAUCAAUAUGAUUUGAUGAAACAUGCCGCUGCCACAUUGGGUUCUGGAAAUUUACGAUUAGCUGUUAUGCUCCCCGAAGGAGAAGAUUUGAACGAAUGGGUGGCCGUUAAUACUGUUGAUUUCUUCAAUCAAAUCAAUAUGCUUUAUGGUACCAUCACGGAAUUUUGCACGGAGGAGAGUUGUCCCAUUAUGUCGGCUGGACCAAAGUAUGAGUAUCAUUGGGCUGAUGGUCAUACGGUGAAAAAACCUAUCAAGUGUUCGGCACCCAAGUACAUAGAUUACUUGAUGACCUGGGUACAGGAUCAAUUGGAUGACGAAACUCUAUUUCCAUCUAAAAUCGGAGUCCCUUUCCCGAAAAAUUUCUUAUCAAUUGCAAAAACCAUUCUGAAACGGUUAUUCAGAGUAUACGCCCACAUUUAUCAUCAACACUUCAGCGAAGUCGUACAGCUUGGCGAGGAGGCACACUUAAAUACAUCGUUCAAGCAUUUUAUAUUCUUUGUUCAGGAAUUCAAUUUGAUCGAGAGAAGAGAGUUAGCACCUCUGCAAGAGCUAAUAGAAAAAUUGACGGCGAAAGAUGCGCGAUGAGUCUGCCUAUUGUCUACGAGCUAAUCGUCUCUUCAAAACCUCUCCAAAGAAUCUCUCAACGCUAUCUUUAUCAACUCGCAUGUGUAAUCACUUUAUUUAUCCACUAACCGCUAAUCUUAUCAUCUAUCUCUGUCUCCAAGUAUGAAACGGAAGCGCAUCGCCAUUUCGGAAACAAGUGUCUGUUAAUACGAAUGAAUAAUUAUAAUGUUUGCUCUAAAAAUUUAUUUUUUUAUACAGCGAUAUAUUCUGUAUACUUGCUGGAUUCAUAUAUACAUACAUAUAUAAUCACUAUCAAGUGGAUAAGGAUAACCAAUAUUGAGAUAAAUUUUGAUUGGCAUGUUGCUUUUUUCGAAUACUUUCUAAAUACGUUUCAUUGUCAAUUGUAAUUUAUUGCGUCUUAUCAAGCGCUGACUAGUGAGAGAGAGAGAGAGAAAGAGAGAGAUAAUCAGAUCGUCCAAAAGUGCAUGUCGGCACAAAGCAUAAGCUUAUCUCGCAAAACAGAAAUGUUUUAAGAACAUUAAGUGUAAACGUGUUCUUUUUUGCAAUUGAACAAGACCAUCGCUCACGGGUUUUGUUUGCCUCUCGGGUUUUGCAUUUUUGUUAUUAUUAUCUAUUGCUAUUAUCGGAUGUAAAAAUAUUGUCGCUAUUAUAUUACGAAUAGAGAUUAUGAUUGUUUCAUACAGUUGCAUGUAUGAAGGCAAUAGCAUAUCGUAAAUUUUGUAUGGUUACUUUUAUGUUUAAGGAUAGUUUUAUAAAUAUAGUCCUAUCAUUUUUCGAAUUAGCAUAUAUAUGUAUAUCCUCUGGGGUCGUAUAUAGAAAAUUGUUAAAAAACUUAAUCUUAUCAUAUUAUAAUAUAUAAUGUUUACUUUAAAAGAUAUCAUCCUCUUUUUGUUAAGCGCUUAUAGACUUCUUUAUAUGACUAAGAUUUUUGUCCCCAUAGAGAGUGACAUACAUAUAUUUCCUGCUUUAGACGCUUUUAAAAUAUCGGUGGUCAGACCGUUUGCGUCGUCUUGCUACAAUUUCUUGUAUAUUUUUAUUAGUUUAUUAUCUCGUAUCUUUUUCAAAAAAUUUAAAAAGACAUGAACUUUAUUUCGGUACAUUUGAUCAAUUUUAUUAUAAAAUGCGAGUGACAUAUGAAAAAAACUAAUUUAUUUUAAGAAAAUAACGCUUUUUUCCAUUAUGAUAAUAGUAAGGACACGGAAGUCUUAACGAAAAAAAUAUUAAUGGAAUCUGUCUCUUUUCUAAACAUUUAUUGGUGUAAUGCGAUGUUUUAUAACGCAUAUUAUGCAUAUUUGGCUUUGUUUUCCUUAAUUUUAAUUGAAUUUCCACUACAAUGAAGAAUUUCUAUUGAGUAGCGCUCUAAUCAUCAAAAAAAUUCGAAUCACAAAAUAUCCGGCACUUUGAUUAUUUUUAUAUAGUCGAUAAUGAAAUAAUACUACAACACAACAUAAUAUUUAAUCUAAUUACAUACCGCGAAUUUCUGCAUAAAUCUUAUUUUAAAUAUCACUAAUAAUCGAUCAACAUCAUCAACUAUUAGCCACUUGUAGAUAAGAUGCUCUAUUUCUUCACAAACGUAUCAAGCAAUUCGUUAUUUUUUUCGGCAAACUAUGAUAACAAUAAAUCUUUAAGAAGAUUCCAAAGUGCUAAGAGAAAGUGUUUUAAAAGAAAAAAAAAAUAUUUUUUUCAUUGUAGUAGACGUUAAAAAUUUGAUCGCGCGAACUUCGUGUGCGUGCGUGUGCGUGUGCGUGCGUGCGUGCGUGUAUGUGUGUGUGUGUGUGUGUGUGUGUGUGCGCGCGCGUAUCGCAAGCUUUUUAUAUAUAAAUACGGCUCUUUUAUGAAACAUUUAGGUUUUUUUAAAAUGUUUUAUAAAAACCUAAAUUUUUCAUAAAAGAGCCGUAUUUAUAUACCGCUAAGUUUUUUUAUAAAAAGAUUGAUGUUUUACAAAAAGUUUGCAACAUAUACGUAUAUGUGCGCAUCAUAUAUACAUACAUGUACAUAUAUGUAUAUACGCAUACACAUCGACGUUUUUUAUUAUAAUGAUAAUAGAAUGGUGAUUGAUGGCAGCGAUUUAAGGUGAUAAUGCUAUCGUUAUGUAUCGUUGGCUGAAAACGAAGACGACGCAUAUAUACGCUGAAUGUAGGCAUAAAUAAUAAUAAUAAUAAUAAUAAUAAUAAUAAUAAUAAUAAUAAUAAUAAUAAUAAUAUAUUCGGUACUUAAGAACGAUUAAUAAACAGUGAAAAGCGAGAAAAGAAAAAACUGAACGGAUCAGUUAAUAAAUCUAAUACAUUUUGAAAUUCAGAAAAUUGAUAUUGCGCAAAACAUUUUUAUACUUUUAAAAUAUAAAAUUAAUAUUUAAUUUGUGAGUUAAAAUAAAGAUUUGCUCUGUAUAAUACAAUUUCAUCUCAAAAUAUUAUCUUUCAUAUCAAACUAACUUUUUUAAAAUGACUGCAUCACGAUUUUAACUAUAUGACACGAAAAAAUUCGUGAAAAUAAAAAUUUGAAUUUUUAAUUGAUUUGUUCAGUUCUUUCUUAAGCAUUUUUUAGAAGUGUAAUAGCGCCCGUUUGUGAUGGACGGAGAUAGUCGCCUAGAAAAAUAUGUAUCACUUUGCGUUUUUGAUAACAUAACUGUUAUAGAUAAAUUAUUUUUGAUCCUAUAUAUUUGUACGCGUAUUAUUACAGAUUAGCAAUAUUAUUACAGAUUAGCGAUAUUAUUAUAGAUUAGCGUCACGAUUAUUAUUCACUCCUGUUUUUUAGACGUUUAUUUAAACGAUGAUUCGCUUAAUUGAAAAAACAUACACACACGCUUCUUUUUUCUUUCGUUAACAAUUUGUUUUCAAAUUACUCGAGAAUCUGUAUGAAAGAUUGAAAAAUUAAUACUAAAAGAGGCAAAGUUGUGAAGAUAGAUAUUCUUUUCGAGCAUUUACGGAUUUUCUAUAACAUCUAUUUCUCUUUCUAUUCGAUAUAAGCAAACUAAAUUUUUGAGAGAAUUUUCCGAUCUUUAGUUAGAAAAGAAAUGACGUUGAUCUUCAUAACAGUUUUUUAUCUUUGGUUUUUUUAACGUUAAAAUUCAUGCAUAAUUAAUUGAAGAAGUGCUAUAUCGGUUUUGAUUGAACUUGAUCAAUAUUUAUUGUAGAGAUGCGGAUGUAUUAAUAAUAUAAUAGCGUCAGAAAAGAUCUUUUAUUCUAUAAAUCUUCUCUAGCAAUCAUUUUUUAUGUAAAAAAAGUUCGUGUGUUGGAAUAAAGGUUAUAUAUUUUUUUUUUCGAAUGGCCUUUCGCGGAGAGUUUUUAGCGAUAAACUUUCUGCUCCUCUGAUAGUAUGUAACGCUAGUGUGAUAUAUGUGCAAUGUAAAUAACACUUUUCACGAUUAAACGGGGGAAGCUUCCGCGUCCAGAUCACGGCAUAUUACGGCCGCGUAUAAAAUGUUUAUAGUCUUGGAUAUAAUCUUGUAAUCUUUCUGUAAUAAAUAACUCGUUUCGACUGUA